AUGCAGCGCAAGCAUGCUGCUGUCGUCGGACUAGGCAUGGUGGGAGUCGCCUUUAUCGAAAAGCUCCUUCAGAACGACCUCGACGGGGGUCGCAACGAAUGGGAAGUUGUUGUCGUUGGAGAUGAGCCGCACAUUGCCUACAACCGUGUCAAUCUCCAUUUCAAUCCGGUGGAAUGGUACAGGUCUCAUGCUCCAGGCAAGCUCACUUACCACACCGAAGAUCUCGUCACAUUCGUUGAUACGGAUGCCAAGGCCGUCCAUACUUUGAAGGGCCACGUCCUCAACUAUGACACCUGCGUCCUCUGCACCGGACCCAUCAAGCGAGCAGCCGUCGUCGGUGGAGGUCUCCUCGGCCUCGAAGCCGCAAAGGCACUACUAGACCUCGAGGGUGUCAAGCAGGUUGUCCUUGUCGAGCACAACAAAUGGGUUCUCAGUCGGCAGCUUGAUGCCGAAGGAGGUCGAAUGCUCGUCGAAAAGGUCCGCAGUAUGGGUGUUGAAGUGCUCUUGCAGGCACGGGUCCGAGACCUGCUCUUCUCUAGCGCGGAGGAGGAAGAUGAGGGAAGAGAGCGCCUCAGAGGCAUCUUGCUGGAAGGGGAAUCGGGGGAUUGGGAGUACCAACUGGACAAUAUCGUCUUUGCAGUCGGCAUCAAACCACGAGAUGAAGUGGCUGUUGCAUCGAAUCUUGAAGUCGCUUCUCGUGGAGGAAUCGCAGUUCAUGAUCACAUUCAAUCCUUGGCAGACGAUGUCUAUGCAAUUGGCGAGUGCCCAAGCUGGAAAGGCGAGCUAUGGGGACUCAUCGGCCCGGGAAUUACUAUGGCCUACAUCCUCGCCUUCAACCUGACGGAAGGUCCGAUUCACUCAAUGCGCACAAUGUCACCUCCGGACGUGAGCACCAAGUUGAAACUCAUGGGUGUCGAUGUCACCAGUUUCGGCCAGUACUUUGCGGACCAAGGCAACAUCACAGGAGCGUUGCCGGGCUCGAAGUGUUCUGGCGCUCGCAGCAAUGGUGAGGGUGACGCUCCACUUAUCUACAAAAAGUACAUAUUCACGGCAGACGGUAAAUACGUCGUGGGUGGAAUGAUGGUGGGCGAUGUCAGCGACUUCACCAAGCUCGUAUCAUUGGCGGCCAAGGGCAAGCCAAUCGAGAAGCCACCCUCAGAAUUCAUCGUUGGCGCAAAGAAGGAAGAAGAGGACGAGGCUGCUGACUUGGAUGAUAACGCGCAGAUCUGUUCCUGCCAUAACGUCACCAAAGGUGCAGUCAUCAAGCAAGUCAAGGCGGGAUGCCGAGCCAUUGGCGACCUCAAGUCCAAGACCAAGUGCGGCACUGGCUAUGGUAGUUGCAUGCCACUUGCAACGUCCAUCUUCAACGCAGCGAUGAAAGCAGAAGGCGCCGAGAUCAGCAACCAGAUAUGCCCGCACUUCAAGUAUACGCGUCAGGGUUUUACACAGAUCAUGCACGAAGUCGGCAACAAGCCUGACAGUCUUGGAUGCGAGGUCUGCCGCCCUGCCAUCUCUUCGAUUCUCUCAUCCCUUUUCAAUGAGUUCAUCCAAAAGCCGGCGCUCAAGGCGAAUCUCGAUACGAACGACAGGUACCUUGCCAACAUCCAGCGCGAUGGCACCUACUCGGUUGUCCCACAUAUCUCUGCCGGUGAAGUGACCCCCGAGAAGCUCAUAGCAUUGGGCAACGUCUCUAAGAAGUACAAUCUUUACGUUAAGAUCACUGGGGGUACAAGAAUUGAUAUGUUCGGGGCCAAGAAACAAGACUUGCCCGCCAUUUGGGAGGAGCUCAUCGCUUGCGGCUUCGAGUCCGGUCACGCUUAUGGAAAAUCUCUGUGUACGGUGAAGUCCUGUGUUGGCUCUACUUGGUGUCGAUAUGGCGUACGUGACAGUGUCGGCCUAGCUGUGGAAUUCGAAGAACGCUACAAGUCUAUCCGUACGCCGCACAUGAUUAAGGGUGGCUGCAGCGGCUGUGUGAGGGAAUACUUUGGCGUGAUUGCAACACCAAAAGGCUGGAAUGUCUUCGUUGGCGGAAACGGUGGAGUAAAGCCACGUCACGCAGAUCUCAUCGCGGAGAACGUCACCAGGCACAUGGCUGUCAAAAUCGUUGACCGCGUCCUUAUGUACUACAUCCGUGAUGCAGAUAAGCUGCAGCGCACGGCGCGAUGGAUUGCACAGCUUCCAAACCGCGUCCAGACGCUCAAGGAUGUCAUCAUCGACGACAAACUCGGCAUUUGUGCAGAGCUAGAGAAGGAGAUGGACGAGCCCGUAGGCCCAUUUCACGAUGAGUGGGCAGAAGUCCUCAAGAAUCCGGAGCGCCGCAGGGCCUUUCGUCAAUUCGUCAACACGUCGGACAACCAGAUGACCAUCGAGCGAGUGCAGGAGCGACACUCUGAGCGCCCCGCGGAUUGGCCAGAAGAUUCGGGCCCUCUCAAGUUCUCGCGGAAAGACAUUGUCCAGACCGCAAAGUGGGAAUGGCGCAAGGUCUGUCGGUACGAGGACCUCGAGUCGCAGGAGAACGUUCCGAGCUCGGCUGUCAUCAAGUAUGGUGAUGUGCAAAUCGGGAUCUGGAACCUUCCUGGCAAAGGCCUACGUGCUGCGCAGAAAAUGUGCCCACAGAAGCGAGCUUUUAUCCUUGCAGAUGUACUUGUUGGCGAGGAUGCCAGCGGCCGUCCGUACGUCUCGUACCCUUUGCACAAGCGUCGCUAUAAUCUCUCGGCCAAGCCCGAGGAAGAAAGUGGAUUCUGUGAUGAUGCCGACUUUCAGGUCAUGACGUUUGAGGCGAAACUCUCAGACGACGGCGAGACGGUUCUGCACAACCUCCCAGACACAGAUUCGCUCGAUGCAGUGCUCAGCACCACCAAGUGGAUGAUCAGAAAGGCGCAGGAAGAAUUGGAUCUGCUGUCUUCGCAUGUUGGCAGCCAUGGCGUGGAGAUCGCUGGGCCCUCGGAAGCAAUACAAAAAGAGGGCAGACAAGGGUCUCAGGUAGGUGACUCUAGCGGAAAAAUCAGCUGCUCGGACGGCAGAAACUAUAUUGGUAAAAAGAACAAGCUCCCUCAAUAA